GAUAAGUGAAGAUUGUGAAAGCGGGAGUCAUGAGGGACUUAGAAAUUGGGAACAACCUGAGAAUCGUGAGAUAGAAAGCUUUAGCGAACAUGAAACUUACCGUAAUGUUUCAUCUGAUGAAGAUACGGAGAUGGACAUUGAAGAUGAUGAAAUGGAUGCUCAGGUUAAUUCGGUAGAUGCGUGGCAAACUUUGGUGGACCAGUGGCUGUUUUUGAUUAAUGAUGAGGACGAUGAUUCUAGAGUAAAUAAUCCAGUUAGCAUAAACAGUCAGGAAGGAGUCGAAAUGUUAUAUCAGUUACCGGUGCACCUCGCGGUUGACCAAGCUUCGAAAUGGCAUCUUUCUGAGAUUUUUACGGAUCAAUUGGAU